UAAAGCAGAUAACCUCAUCCUGCCCUGAGGACAACACAAUGGCCUUAUUCACGGGGGUUUUGUUCCUGGCUGCUGUGUGGCUUCCGCUCUUUCCUGCAAAUGGACAGGAUCCAAAGUUUGGUGCUUUGUCAACCACCCUCCAAAAGGUCCAAAGUGAGAUUGUAAACAAACACAAUGACCUGAGGAGACGAGUCUCUCCACCUGCCAGCAACAUGCUGAAGAUGCAAUGGGACAGCAAGGCAGCAGCAAAUGCCAAAAAGUGGGCAAACAAGUGCCUUCUCAAACACAGCAAGCCAGAGGAUAGAACAGUAGGUACCAGGCGCUGUGGCGAGAAUCUCUUUAUGUCAAGUCGCCCUCUUUCAUGGUCAGAAGCAACCCAAAGCUGGUAUGAUGAGGUCCGUGAUUUUACUUUUGCUGUAGGGCCAAAGAGGCCUAGAGCAAUAGUCGGACAUUAUACCCAGCUUGUUUGGUACUCAUCUUACCGUAUCGGAUGUGCAGUUGCCUACUGUCCCAAUCAACAGAAACUAAAAUACUUCUACGUUUGCCAGUAUUGUCCUGCUGGUAAUAUUGUUGGCAGAGAACAUGUCCCUUACCAAAAAGGAACACCUUGCGGCAGCUGCCCCAAGCAUUGUGACAAAGGACUAUGCACCAAUAGUUGUGAGUAUGACGAUGCCUAUGCUAACUGUAAAUCUUUGAAGAAAACAAGGACCUGUAAUAAUAACAUUGUGAAGAACAAUUGCCAGGCUUCUUGCAAGUGUCCAGACAAAAUUUAUUAAGUGUCCAGUACAGAUGGAGCAGGGCUAUGUGGAAGACGAUCGCAUCAUCUGCUCAGAUUCGACAUUUACUAACAAGGAAAUCACAGACAGCUUAGCUAUGUAUUUGAUUCUAGACGGUAAUGAGUCCUUUUCUCCUGGAUCUGCUUUUUAUUCUACAGAAUUCCUUUUCAUACAAAAGAUUAAAAAGUCACCUAAUCUAUGAUAACAACUUUGGAUUUUGACAUUGACUUUGGUGAUGUAAAUUUAAUCUAUUGAAUCAGGUUGAAGAUUCUGAAAGCUGUAUUCUCUUCCAACGAAGAUCACUAGAAACCUGACUUGAAAUUGAGAACCAUGUAUAAAAUGAAGAAGCUACAAGGGUAUAUUGUGCAGCAUGGCGGAUAUAGUCAAUAUUCUAUACUACCUAUAGAUAGAGUAUAACCUUGAAAACUUGUGAAUCACUAUGCUGUAUACCUGAAACUUUUAUACUAUUGUCCAUCACUUAUACCUCAAAAAAGCCCAGGGAGGAGUUAGAGAGUUGUCCCAGGAAACACGGGAGCCCCACAGACUGGGAGAUGGAGCACAGGAGGCUCUGAAUUAGAACUCACUUUUCAGCUCCUUCAGGCAACACCCAGGACCAGCUGGUCUGCCAGCCUAGGGUGGUUCUCCCAGUCUCCCAUGCUCCCCCUCCUCCCCCAUCUCUCAAAACCUGGCCUGGGGCCCUUGGCUGGAGGGUAACCCUCUGCUGGGGAAGGGCUGAGUCAAAAAUAAAAA